UGCCAGGAGCAACGAAUGGCACCUUUCUCCAAUCGCGAAGUGUUUACGUUUCCUAGCGACCAGUGUAUCCAACAUGGCGGACAAGUAUAACGCAGAAACUAUUAUAUUAGAGUUCCAUAAGAAAAUAGGAAAGGCUUUUGACGUAUUUGACCACGAAUCCAACAAGACUGUUGAUGUUAGAGAAAUAGGCACCAUUAUUCGUUCACUUGGCUGCUUUCCUUCUGAAGCUGAAUUGCAUGACAUUAUUGCGGAGCUAGAAGAAGACGAGCCCACUGGGUUUGUACGCUUUGAGAAAUUCUUACCAAAUAUGACUAAGAUCCUGCUGGAGCGCAAGUUCCGUCCAAUUAGAGAAGACUUGCUCUUGCAGGCCUUUGAGGUUAUAGAUCAACAGAAAAAAGGACACUUGGAACCAGAGGAAUUGACCAAAUAUUUAACACAAGAAGGAGAACCAUUCACACAGGAGGAGAUGGAGGAAAUGCUGUCAGCAGCCGUUGAUCCUGACAAAAAUGUCAUUUUCUACAAGGACUUUGUGAGCAUGAUGAUCUUUGAUGACACACGAUGAUGGUUGAAAAACGAGAAUGUUCAUAAGAUCAAGCAAUCAAUAAAAGAGCUCA